UGACGAGCCUCAUUUUUACGAAGAGACCUAAAAUACUAUUCUGCGGGAUGGAAGACGGUGGGUUAGGGUUUUGUACCGUCUCGUUUCGCUUGCUCGAAUUCUAGACAGCGGUGGCUUGCAAAUGGAAGACGAUGGUGGCUUGCCAAUGGAAGAUGGUGGUGACGGCGACCGAGCCGGUUUCCACGGCCGCGAGGUGAUCUCCGCUGUCCAGGACGAGGAGCCGUUCUACGGCGACGACGAAGAUGACUAUGACGAUCUCUACAAUGACGUCAACGUUGGUGAGGGCUUCUACCAGUCUUCUGCCCUCCGAGGUGAAGCCGUUUCCGGUGGUUUUGCAGGAGAGGAUGACAUUAGGAGAGAACCACCGCAGGUUCCCGUUGCUGUUGCACCGGCUGGAGAUCUGCAGGAGGGCGUCCAUAUCCCUGGUACAGAAGGAAACCUACAGGCAGAGAGGACAGUCGACAGAUCUGGGGUUUUCUCGGAAGCAGGUAUCAAGGGGAGCGUUGAUUCGUCCGUUCCGGCGAGACCACCAGCGCAACCGGGCCUGCCUAGGCCUGAUCUAGGGCAGCCCUGGGUUAGACCGGUUCUGGUUCAGGCGCAUCGAGGUGGUGAUUCGUUGAACGAAGGAUUUCCAAGGCAAGGAUCUGGUGUCGGGAACGAUGGUUUUCGUAGGCAAGGAGUAUUAGUUAGCAGAGAAAGCGGUUCCAACCGUUCAGUCGCCAUGGGCACUUCAGGUAGCGUUGGAGCAGUAGCAGGACCUUCAGUUGGUGUAGGGAACAACAUGAAUGGGGCUAUUUCUAUUGUUGGUGGCAGUGGAGGUGGAGGGGGAACCACUACUCUUUUUGUCGGAGAGCUUCAGUGGUGGACAACAGAUGCUGACCUUGAGGCAGAACUUUGCAAAUACGGACCUGUUAAGGAAGUGAGGUUUUUUGAUGAAAAGGCUAGUGGGAAAUCAAAAGGUUAUGCUCAGGUUGAAUUCUAUGAUCCAGCAGCUGCUAUUUCCUGCAAGGAGGGUAUGAACGGGCAUAUGUUCAAUGGGAAGCCAUGUGUUGUGGCCUUCUCUUCCCCACAGGGUAUUCGGAAGAUGGGCGAGGCUCAUAUAGCAAGGAAUCAUCAGGGAAUGGUUCAGGGUCCAUCACAGCCUAUGGCUGCACAAAAAGGUAGAGGAGGAGGAACUCACAUGGGUGGGAAUUUUGGGAGGGGAGGAGCUGCUGGAGGUGGUGGUAAUUGGGGAAGGGGUGGGAUGGGAAAUAGAGGACAUAUGGGGAAUGCAAGGAACCGGGUUGGGCCAGUUGGUGGAAGAGGUAUUAUGGGGAAUGGUGGUAUGAUUGCGCCACCGCCUCCAGUAUUCAAUCCAGGUGCCAUUCUUGGCCCGGGGUUUGAUCCAACGGGUUAUGGAAUGGCAAUGGGUAGAAUGGGUGCUGGAUAUGGCGGAUUUCCUGUUGGGCCAGCGGCUGGUGCUUUCCCAGGAAUGUUACCUUCGUUUCCUCCUGUUGUAGCACCACAUGUCAACCCAGCUUUCUUUGGAAGGGGAAUGCCCUCUGCUGGAGUGGGCAUGUGGUCUGAUCCUAAUAUGGGUGGCUGGGGAGCUGAUGAACAAUCAAGUUAUGGGGAUGAUGCUACAUCAGACCAACAAUAUGGCGAAGGAAGUCAUGUAAAGGAUAGAGGCGGUGAUCGGGAUUGGUCAGUAGCUCCAGAUAGAAGACACAUGAAGGAUAAAAACACAGGGCAUGGGCAAGAUUGGUCUGAGAGGAAGCAAUAUGAGGAGAGGGAUGCAGGCUGGGAUAAUGAUAGAGAUUUGGAUAGGGACAGGAUGAGGGAUAGAGAAAGGGAGAGGGAAAGAGAGAGAGACCAUGAAAGAGAAAGAGAUCGAGACAGAUAUCGUGAUGAUAGAGAUAGGUAUGCUGAUCAUUAUAGGCCAAGGGAUUAUGAUCCAGAGUAUGACGACGAUUGGGAUAGAGGACGUUCAUCUAAGGCUCAAAGCAACUCACGGGAGGUUGAGAAUGUUAAGAGGCGCCGACAAUCUGAAUGAGAAGGGGAUUCAGCAAUAUUCCUUGGCAUGAGUUGAUUCUACUGAGUAUUCCACAUAUAUGAUUAUGCUUUGAUGUUAUUGGCUUCCAUUUGUCAAGGAUAUUGCUGUUCUUGGUAUGUUUAUUACAUUCAAAAUAAUUGCAGGCUUACUAUGUGUGCUGCCAAAUGAUUUUGUGAAGUUUGUUAUCGUGAAUUAAGUGUUCAUCAGGUAUGUAAAUUAGACUGGACUCUAAUUGUGAUAAUACUAAAGUCUUCACUAUUGACUUUUGUUAUAAGAGUAACAAAUGCUUUUUAUGUGUUUCGUGGCCAUAAGGGAUAUUGUUCUUUUGCUAUUUUUUGGCAGACUUUAGUAAUUUCUUGUCUUGAGGCACAUGAUAUAAAUCUGUGCUGGACAUAGGAAAUUCUUCACUAUCAGGCAUUUGGCUUAGCCUAUUUGCAGCACCUUUUGGCAUGUGUAUAUUUAAAAAUGCUGCAUUCAAAAUGGUGCAUGAAGUUGCGAAUAGGUUCAAGUGUUUUGUCAUUAUACUCCUGUAUUUGAGCCAUAUGGAGAAUUAGAGUGCUUUAUAUUUAAAAUCUUUCUCUUAUGUAUCCUAAUUCCUAACAACUCUUUUACAUGGUUCAUGUAUUUGUUCUGUUUACCAAUCAUGGAGCGACACAUUUCAGAUAAUUGGUUAAUAUUAUAAUUCUACUGGUGGGUUUGCAGUUUGUUAAACGAACAUAAAAUUUGACCCAUUUUAUUUAUUAAGAUCGCUUCCCAUGCCAUCGCCCAUGCUACUUGUAUUUGCGCAGGACUCUUCUUCUCAUUUCUUCCCUCUCUCGUGCAUGACCCUCCUUCACAUGCCCUCUGAUAGGAAAUACUUGAGUUCGCAAGUAACCCUAAGGUAAUACUUGAGUUCGCAAGCAACCCUAGUCAAAAUCAGCCCAAAACAGUGAGCAAAACUGCUGUCCCAGCAGUUUUACAGCAGCUCCGCAGCAGGAAAUGCACCCAAACAGAGAAAAAUAAGUAAAAGAAACAAGGUUUCCACUAGUAGAUGCAAGAAAACAAAGAAAGAUACAACGUCCUUCGAUUCGAGAGGAAGA